UCAUGGCUGGUAGGGACAUUGUGACCUGGGCAGGCAAAAUGCCUCUGGAGCCUGCUGUUCAGCAUACAGUGCCCUGGGUUCUGGUGUGAAAGCUGGAAUAGAGCCACACGGAUACAAAGCUGAAACAAAGCUAGUCAGGCACUGGAUCCUUUUGAAUGUUGCUCGUUUUACCACUGUCAUGUUGAAACAUGAAACCAUUGUGGAAUAGUCAAGUGAAAGCUGUACUGUAUGAAAUAUACUUGACUGGAAUGAGACUAAAUCAUGACAACUCUUGGUAUGCAGUGCUGUUACCAAAUCAUCUGGACUCACGUUGCAGUGACAAUUUGGAUAUAAUUGAGAAUGCAAUGAACUUGCCACCCGACAAAGCCAGGUUACUUCGGCAGUAUGACAAUGAGAAGAAAUGGGAGUUGAUCUGUGAUCAGGAAAGAUUUCAAGUGAAGAAUCCUCCACAUACAUAUAUCCAGAAAUUAAAGGGCUAUCUCGAUCCAGCAGUAACCAGGAAGAAAUUCAGAAGACGAGUCCAAGAAUCUACGCAAGUACUACGAGAACUGGAAAUUUCUUUAAGAACAAAUCAUAUUGGAUGGGUCAGGGAGUUUUUGAAUGAAGAAAACAAAGGCCUGGAUGUUCUGGUGGAAUAUUUGUCAUUUGCACAGUAUGCAGUCACUUUUGACUUUGAAAGCUUGGAGAACAACGUGGAAAACUCAAUGGAUAAAUCCAAACCUUGGAGCCGUUCCAUUGAAGACCUGCAUAGAGGAAGUAACUUACCCUCGCCAGUUGGCAAUAGCAUUUCCCGCUCUGGCAGGCAUUCUACUCUACGAUAUAAUACCUUGCCGAGCAGAAGAACACUAAAAAAUUCAAGAUUAGUGAGUAAAAAAGACGAUGUUCAUGUCUGCAUCAUGUGUUUACGUGCCAUAAUGAAUUACCAGUAUGGAUUCAAUAUGGUCAUGUCACAUCCACAUGCUGUUAAUGAAAUUGCACUAAGCCUGAACAACAAGAAUCCCAGAACAAAAGCCCUUGUUUUAGAACUGUUAGCAGCCGUUUGUCUUGUCAGAGGAGGGCACGAAAUUAUUUUAUCUGCAUUCGAUAACUUUAAGGAGGUUUGUGGAGAGAAACAGCGCUUUGAGAAGCUGAUGGAACACUUCCGAAAUGAAGACAACAAUAUAGACUUCAUGGUGGCAUGUAUGCAGUUCAUCAACAUUGUAGUCCAUUCAGUAGAGGACAUGAAUUUCAGAGUUCAUCUCCAGUAUGAAUUUACGAAAUUAGGCCUGGACGAAUAUUUGGAUAAGCUGAAACACACAGAAAGUGACAAACUGCAGGUGCAGAUUCAAGCUUACUUGGACAAUGUGUUUGAUGUGGGAGCUUUGCUUGAAGAUGCCGAAACCAAGAACGCAGCCUUGGAAAGAGUUGAAGAACUGGAAGAAAAUAUUUCUCAUUUAUCGGAAAAACUGCAAGACACAGAGAAUGAAGCUAUGGCGAAGAUUGUGGAACUGGAAAAGCAGCUUAUGCAGAGAAACAAAGAACUGGAUGUUGUUCGAGAAAUUUACAAAGAUGCAAAUACCCAGGUUCACACGUUGAGAAAAAUGGUCAAAGAAAAAGAGGAAGCCAUCCAGCGGCAGUCAACCCUGGAGAAAAAAAUCCAUGAACUGGAAAAGCAAGGGACCAUUAAAAUUCAGAAGAAAGGUGAUGGUGACAUCUCUAUUCUUCCUGUUGCUGUGGCCUCUGGGACACUGCCAUCAGGGUCAGAAGCUACAGCUGGCACAUGUGUGGGACCAGUGACUGGCGCUACGCCUUCAGUACCAUUGCCACCACCUCCACCCCCAUUGCCACCAUUACCACCAACAUCCGAGACAGUGCAAAACGGUCCGGUGGCAGCACCUAUGCCACCUCCACCUCCGCCUCCACCACCACCUCCCCCUCUUCCUGGUCCAGCUGCAGAGACAGCCCCAGCUCCUCCGCUGCCUCCCCCCCCACCACCAUCAGCACCCCCUCUGCCAGGAACAGCCUCCCCCACCGUGAUUUUCAACUCAGGAUUAGCAGCUGUGAAAAUCAAGAAGCCAAUCAAGACAAAGUUCCGCAUGCCUGUCUUUAACUGGGUAGCGCUCAAACCCAAUCAAAUUAAUGGGACAGUCUUCAAUGAAAUUGAUGAUGAAAGGAUCCUGGAGGAUUUAAAUGUGGAUGAAUUUGAAGAAAUAUUCAAGACAAAAGCUCAAGGUCCAGCCAUUGAUCUUACUUCAAGCAAACAAAAGAUAACUCAAAAAGGGUCAAACAAAGUCACAUUAUUGGAAGCAAACAGGGCCAAAAAUCUUGCCAUCACUUUAAGAAAAGCUGGAAAGACUGCAGAUGAGAUAUGCAAAGCUAUUCAGGUAUUUGACCUGAAGACAUUGCCAGUAGAUUUUGUUGAAUGUUUGAUGCGAUUCUUGCCCACUGAGAACGAAGUGAAAGUGUUACGGCUCUAUGAGCGGGAGAGGAAACCUCUCGAGAACCUGACUGAUGAAGAUCGGUUCAUGAUGCAGUUCAGUAAGAUUGAGAGACUGAUGCAGAAGAUGACCAUCAUGGCCUUCAUCGGCAACUUCGCAGAAAGCAUCCAAAUGCUGACACCGCAACUCCAUGCAGUAAUAGCAGCAUCUGUCUCAAUAAAGUCAUCCCAAAAGCUCAAGAAAAUACUGGAGAUAAUCUUGGCUCUUGGUAACUAUAUGAACAGCAGUAAGAGAGGAGCAGUUUAUGGGUUUAAACUACAGAGUUUAGAUCUGCUGUUAGACACAAAGUCAACGGACAGAAAACAAACGCUGUUGCACUAUAUAUCCAAUGUUGUGAAAGAGAAGUAUCACCAAGUGUCCCUCUUUUACAAUGAACUUCAUUAUGUGGAGAAAGCUGCUGCAGUGUCCCUUGAAAAUGUCCUGUUGGAUGUCAAGGAGCUCCAGCGAGGCCUGGACCUGACAAAGCGAGAAUACACCAUGCACGAUCACAAUACAAUGCUGAAGGAAUUUAUUCAUAACAAUGAAGGAAAACUAAAGAAACUGCAGGAUGAUGCAAAAAUAGCCCAGGAUGCCUUUGAUGAUGCUGUGAAAUAUUUUGGGGAGAAUCCCAAGACAACGCCCCCAUCCGUCUUUUUCCCAGUCUUUGUCCGAUUUGUGAAAGCCUACAAGCAAGCAGAAGAGGAGAAUGAGUUGAGAAAGAAGCAGGAACAGGCACUCAUGGAAAAACUUCUGGAGCAAGAAGCAUUGAUGGAGCAACAGGACCAAAAGUCUCCUUCACAUAAAACAAAGAGACAGCAGCAAGAGCUAAUUGCAGAGCUACGCCGACGACAAGUCAAGGAUAACAGACAUGUGUAUGAGGGGAAAGAUGGAGCAAUUGAAGACAUUAUAACAGUGUUGAAGACAGUGCCCUUUACCGCUCGAACUGCCAAGCGUGGCUCUCGGUUUUUCUGCGAACCUGUUCUCACUGAGGAAUUCCAUUACUAAACUAUUACUCUUUCACACCUGAUGCUCUUAAAAGAUCUUAGAAACCAGCCAUACAGACGAGCCGAUGCGGUAAGGAGAAGCGUUAGGCGACGCUUUGAUGAUCAGAACUUGCGCUCUGUAAAUGGUGCUGAAAUAACCAUGUGAGCUGGAGAUUUGCAUGUGAAAAGUAGAGCGUGUGCUUGAAUGAUACCUUGUCCAUGUGAACUAUAUGUGCUACCAUUUAAUUAUAGCCUUGAAUACAGUAAAAUUACCUUCUAAAGGGCUCAAAAAGACAUAGAAAAUGCAUAGGAACGUAAAAGUAAUGGGCUCUCUACUCAACCAUAGCUAACAAGUGCCUAAAAUUGAAGUACCUGCUCAAAUUAAUCAAAGCAAUAGGACUUGAUUUGAUUGGGUAUCUUUUUACGCCAACACAUUAUUCAGUAUUUUUAACCAAAAUGUAAAAUACGUGAUUUUUUUUGUUACAUGAAAUUUAGUGAUUGGUCUUCAGUGGCCCUUCUUGAUUUCCUGACAGGUUGUAAAUAAGUAAUACUUGGAUGCAAUCUGCUGUGGACUUAAGCUUUUCAAUGCAUUCCUGUCCUAUCUGCUAAGGAAUUAACCUUGAGCUUCAACUGCACUUAUUAGCUUUUUUAAUAUAUAUAUAUAUUUAAGGGCUUACCAUGUGCAAGGGGGAAGUAAUUACAAAAUGACCUGUACCUUUCAGCCAUACACAAACCCCAGACUAAUACAAAUAAGAUGUGUUAGACAUAAUUCAGUGAACACACAGUUUAUAUCAAAUGAACAUGAACUAUUCUUCAUGUUCUGAUUCUGCUUUUUAUAUGCCAGUGUGCAAUGUGGGAUAAGCAGUGAGGGUAUGAAUGCAUUGCAAAGAUCUUUGAAACAAGAACGUUGUAUAAGACUCAUUUACUAUGUUCUUCAGAUAGAGGCAGCUUUUGAAUAACAAAGUGUAUUUAUUAAUUAGGACUAAGAUAUUAACAUCUCAUUAAUCAGUAUUAGGAUUUCUGAGGACCAUUAUGGUUCAGUUAUUAACUCAGUGAAAUAAUCUUGUGCCCUGCUGAGAGAGGAUUUUAAUACCCCAUCUAUAAGCUUUAAACUUGCACCUGCAUUGAGCAAGAAUGGUAACCCAGUAACUAUGUUUUUCCUUUGACAAUCGAGUUCUGAUCACUUAAUACAAAGGAACAUUUGUUGUUCAAAUGCAUCCCAACUUCUAAAUUCUUAUUUUAUAUACUGCAUUUUACACUUUAAAAUUGAGCUUAUUUUAUUAGGCUUGGCAAUAUUUUAAAUAUAAACACAGUGCUACUGGUGCAGAUCAAUUUAUUGUUAUAAUGGAAUUUUAUUUUAUCCUACAAUGGCAGGGCACUUGAUCUAUUCCAAAGUCAAGAACUGGACUGAUGCUAAAUUUGUACUUUCGAGAAGAUACAUUUUGCUUGUGGCUUACCGUUCCUGGUAGCAUUGCAUCAGUAUGUUAAUUGUAAAAUUUAUUGUAUAGUAUUUAACCACUGAAUUUCUUUUCUUUUAUGUUGUGCUUUAUGUGAACCACUGGUGAAGGUCCCAUUUUUCCUUGAAUAAUGUGUAGUUACAUGAAUCUGUUUUUAAAUGUACAGAUAUUUUGCUACAAAAUUGGUGCAGUUUUUUAUGGUUUUUACACUUCUCUUUAAUUCCCACUUUAGUCUCUGGGUAAUAUUGUAAAUAUUGUUUAAAAAAAUGCAUCAGCCUGUGCUAUACAAUCUGAAUGUUAUUUUAACUUAUAGUUUUGUUUUUUAUAUUUAACUAAAAAUGGACAGUUUGGGGCUCAAAGUUACCACAUUGACUUCCGCUUCCCUAUUUACAGAAAGUUUACAUUAAAACUGCCACCUAUUGUCUCAUUUACAGCAACCUGUACUUGACAUGCAAAAGAGAACAUGCCAAGAUUGCCUCUUUCUUCACUGACAGUGACAAAAGAGUUUUAAUCUAAGAAAAAAUCAUUUGGCAACGUAAUUUAAGUACAUGUAUUAGUCAAAUGGGUCAAACUCGUAAGCUCAAAAGCAUUUUAUAACUUAACUCUAGACAGCAAAUAAUAUUACCAUGCAAGUGGACUGUAAUAUUGGCAUGUUCUCUUUGAUGUUUUUCUAGUAAUAGACCUGCUUCUUAGCAAUAUUAGAAGUGUUUUAUAAAAGCAGUUCAUGUUACUUUUCUGGUCUGUUCAUGGCAUAUGAUCAAAUAAACUAUUUACACUACUA